AUGGUGCUUACAACAGUGUUAAGGUGUAUAUAUGUCAAGGCCACGAUUGUCGAUUGUGUGUCCACGGUUAGUUUGAGUAUGCCAAUGCUUCUCAAGUUGUUGCUGGAGAUGAACACGGAAAGAGGUACUUAUAUAUCGCUGCGGCCUAAACGGGCCAAACGCAUUUUGAACCCAUUUAUUUUAUAA